AUGGAUCCAGUAGCCCACAGCUGCGUGAGGAACCCCCACCCCCCGGCCCCCGUCUGGGGCUGCCUUCGAAACCCUCACUCGGAAGGCAGCAGCGCUUCAGGGCUGUCCCAUUAUCCACCAACCCCGUUUUCCUUCCACCAAAAACCAGAUUUCCCAGCAACAGCAGCAUACCCCGACUUCUCUGCUUCCUGCCUGGCAGCCGCUCCUCACAGCCUGCCCCGGGCCGAGCGCAUCUUCAAUGAGCAACAUCCUGCCUUCCCACAGACCCCUGACUGGCACUUCCCCAUCUCUGAAGCUGGGCAAAGGCUCAACCCAGGCCCCGCUGGGAGCGCCAGAGAGAUGGGGGCCGGCAGCCCAGGCCUGGUGGAUGGCACCGGAGGAUCGGGUGAGGACUACAUGGUACUUGGGAGCACUGCCAGUGAGUCGGAGAAGAAAUCAUCCAGAAGGAAAAAAGAGCGGUCAGACAACCAGGAGAAUGGAGGAAAGCCAGAAGGAGGCAGCAAGGCCCGGAAGGAAAGGACCGCCUUCACCAAGGAGCAGCUGCGGGAGCUAGAGGCUGAGUUCGCCCACCAUAACUACCUGACCAGGCUCCGAAGAUAUGAGAUCGCAGUCAACCUGGACCUUUCAGAGCGGCAGGUCAAAGUGUGGUUCCAGAACCGGAGAAUGAAGUGGAAGCGUGUGAAGGGGGGUCAGCCCGUGUCCCCUCAUGAGCAGGACCCAGAGGAUGGGGACUCUGCAGCUUCUCCAACUUCAGAGUGAGAUUCGCCAAAGACGAAAAAAACAAGAAAGACUGAACCCCCUUUCCUACACCCUCCACCCAGUCCCACCGUCACCUCUUCCAGACCGACCCAGAGAAGCCUCUGCACACCUUAUGACUCUUAGAUGUGGAAUUACCCAGUGUGUGGGAGCCUUGAAUUUCCCAGAGGUGGUAACCCCUCCCCCAGGGCUUCAGCCUCCCACACUCUCUUGAACUCCACUAUACCUACUGGUCUGGGAAGAUCUAGAAACAGCAUUGGGGCACUCUUUUUCUGGGUCUUGGCGGCUCCCCACACAUCCUGCCAUCCUCUUCCAUCAAGGUCUCCUCUGGGUCUGGCUCCCAUCUGGCCUGUGCAGAAUCCCUUCCUUGGUUCCAGCUGGUGACUUGUGGAAGCAAAACCCUCUCCAGAUGUUCACACCGUUGAGCUGGAGGCUAGAAUGUGGCUCCUGUAUCUAAGGAUGGAGAGGAUAGCACAAGAGCUGACAGACGAGGACCGACCCAGACAGGUGGACCUCUGGAGUAGAAGGUUCUCGGGCUGCAGCAUCCUGUGCUCUCCAAGGACUCUCUACAAACCAGGACAGGAAAACCAUCCCCCUUCCUCCUUGGGAUGCAUUUUGGCCUAUCCUGCGUGUUCUCCAAAGGCUGUUUUGUGAGAACUCCCAGGUUCACACACAUGCACAGCUCAGACCUCAGACCCGUCUUCUAAGGCUGCUGCUGCUGCAAGGUUUGGUGGGCAAAGAGCCUCCCCUGUGUGCCUCAGUAUUAGAUGCUGGGCCUCCCAGUCCCUGCUGAGGUUGCAGAAGGAGGUCAGCAAGUAUUUUAAUUUCUUGCAUGUAGAUUUGGUCAUGGGUACUUAAAAAACAACCCAAGUCCCUCCCUCCCCCACCCAUAAAGACAAAAGCUUGGAAAACGAUUGUCAAAUGGAAUGGCAGGUUAGAGCAUGUAUCAUUUAUCCCUAAAGUAUACUUCAAAUUUUUUUUCCUAAGAUUACAUCAAGCUAAUUGUGCAAGGUCAAUUCAAUUUGUAAAAAAAAAACUCUC